CGCUAUCGACUCGGGCGGAUCAAUUCAUCCGUGAAGCGCCAUAGUUGAUCAUCCGCUAGAAAGUGACGUUGAUUGUUGGUCGCGUGCGCAGCUACUACAUUUCCAUCCACCAAUCCUGAGAACAGUAUCUCGAUGUUUUAAUCGUUAGCACAAAAACAGAGAAUAUACCUCAUUCGAAACUUGGCACCCGCGCUUCGACCGGUCACAAACGUAGCGCCUAUUGCCCUUCACAAGACAUCGUCAAGUCGAUAGCAUGGCCUGGAGCCAGCUUGAACCGACGCCCGCCCACUUGACAUAUCUGCUCUUGUCCGGUUUUCUCAUCAGCUAUGUACUUUUCGUGCGCUUUCUUCGCAAUCGACUGCACCUGAGCGAGCCUCCCAUUGCACUGCUUGUCGGAGUCAUCUUGGGCCCGUAUUUACUUAACUGGGUCACGCCUUCUAUCUGCAAGAAUGGAGAGUGCACCAGCGAUCCAGCAGCUGGUGGAUGGGGAUGGGGUGACAAUGUCGUCCAGGAAAUCACACGGGUCAUUGUCGGCAUCCAGUGCUUCGCCGUCGGCGUAGAGCUGCCGCCACACUACGCGAGUCGGAAAUGGUCGUCAGUGAUCAUGAUGCUCGGUCCGGUCAUGGCAUUCGGCUGGGUCAUCUGUACAAUUUUCAUCUGGGCCAUCUUUCACACCAGCUUGGCCUCGGCAUCAGUCAUCGCUGCAACCUUGACACCAACUGACCCAGUGCUUGCAUCGAGCAUUCUUUCCAACAGCCAGUUCUCGACCAGAAUUCCCAAAAGAAUCAAGCAUCUGCUAUCUGCCGAGUCGGGUUGCAACGAUGGUGUCUCGUUUCCUUUCCUGUACAUUGGGCUCUACCUAUUAACUAAAACAUCUACCGGAGAGGCUGCGAAAGACUGGUUUCUCAUCACGCUUUUGUGGCAGUGCAGCGUAGGUCUGCUCAUCGGAAUCGUUAUCGGAUGGUGUGCACAAAGGAUACUUCGCUUUAGUGACAGUCGCGGUUAUAUCGAUCCUGCGGGCUUAACUUUGUUCUGGCUAUUGAUGGCAAUACUUUGCGUCGGAGUAGGCUCUACGCUAGGCUCCGAUGACUUUCUUGUCGCAUUCGGAGCUGGUUACGGUUUCGCGCGCGACGGUUGGUUCGCCGAAAAGAUCAAAGCCGCAGAAUUGCCCAAGAUCACAGACAUGUUGCUGAACAGUGCCAUGUUCCUCUACCUCGGUGCCAUCAUGCCAUUCGACUCGUUCAAAUCGCAGGAUGUGACACCCUGGGUCACGCCCGGCAGGCUCUUUGCACUUCUCGCGCUUGUCCUUCUAUUUCGACGCCUCCCGAUUGUUCUUGCUCUAUACCAAUGGAUCCCGGACAUUAAGAGUUUCAGGGAGGCGCUAUUCUGCGGUCACUUCGGACCCAUGGGACUAGGAGCGCUCUUCCUCGCUAUGGAAGCAAGAGGAAUCUUGGAAAACGACGAGGCCAUUCCUGAUCCUCAUCCUCCCAAGUAUGAUCAACCAUACACUGAUCGCGAGCAGACAAUCAAGAUCAUAUAUCCCAUUGUCUGCUUUAUCGUCCUCGGUAGCACCUUGAUCCACGGCUUGAGUGUACUUGCUUUGAGUUUGGUCUCUCAUUUCUCGCGACCGAAGGAAUAUCGUGCCGGGAUCACGGCGGCUGAGACCGACCCACUGCUUGAAGGAGAACAUGGGAGCGAGGAGAGUCGCAUUGAUGAAAGCGAGAGUGAUCAAUACGAGCAGAUCGAAGACGCCUAAGAUUACGGCUUGCAGCAGCCUGAUAAAGAAGUUGCACGAUUCAGCGCACCAUCUCCAUUGUUAGAGAUGAGGAAAUCCGCUCGAGACGCCAUGUUUGGCGCAACUUUCCAUUCAGGAUCGUCGAUGUUGAGUUCGCAGGGCCACAAUGGCUUGGAA